GCCGCGGUAGGUGCCGUCUCCUGCGGGUGCCGGCCGGGCUUUGGUCACGGUGCCCCCCGCGGCUGAAGCCUGACGCCGUCUGUUUCUCUGCUGGCACAGAAUGGACCCCGCGACCUACGCGGAGUAUCUGAAAGAGUCUGGAAACCAGAUUUUUAAGAGCGGGAACUUCUCCUUGGCCAUCAGGAAAUACGACGAGGCCGUCCAGGUGCUGCUGCACUUGUACCACUGUCCCUUCUUGGGUCCGGCUAAACCCGUCCUGAACCUUAACUGGGGCCCCCAGCUCGGGGUCUGGGGCGCCCUCGCAGCCUUUCUAAGCCAAAGGGUGUCCCCCAUCCCCCUCCCCCGUCCCCUGCCGCGGCCUCGGCCCUCCCCGGUAGCCGGAACCGGGGCCUCGGGCCCCUCCUCCCCCGGGUCCCCCCGAGGGGCCGGCGGCUUCUCCAACAAGUCCAAUGCCUUCUACAACCUGGGCCUGGGAGGGGGCCGGGUGAAGGCCUGCGUGGGACCCGUCUCGUGGGGAGAAGUCGGCCCAUCCGCUCCCCGGCCUCCGCUCUGGCUCGGGGCCGGUCUCGAGAGCUCGCGGCUGCCACUGAGCUUCCCCCGGGAUGACGGGGCCGCCCACGUGGAGCGAGCUCGGGCAGGAAGUCUGCCCCAGGGCUACUACCGGGCCGGCUACUCACUCCUGCAGCUGCUGCAGCCCUACGAGGCGGCCCAGAUGUUCCUGGAGGGCCUGCGCAUCCUGCAGAGCUCCCCGGACCAGGUGCAGAUCUCCGACCUCAUCGUGGGCAUCUUCACCACCAUCAGCGGGGAGCACGUCAUCUUGCGCAGUUUCCUGCCCUUCUUUGAAAAGAUCUUCAGCGUCGGUUUCGACGCGAGUGUUUGGCAGGCGGUCAUCGAGAAGCUGGCCAAGAAGGGGCUGUGGCAUUCCUUCCUCCUGCUGUCCACCAAGAAAGACAAGCUGCCCCGGGACCUGAGGGUGCCUGACCUGUCCCUGAAGGGUCUGUUUGAGAAGUACGUCCUGUUCGGACACUACGAGAGGAUGGAGCAGAUGCCAAAGCUGGUGCAGUGGCUGAUCUCGCUGGGGGCCAGCGUGCAGAGCAUCGGGCCCUACCCGCUGCACGCCAUCAUGAAGCUCUGCAUCCAAGCCAAGGAGAACCACCUGUUCCGGUGGCUCAUGGACCAGAAGCCCGAGCUGAGAGCGGACAUCAACCAGACAGACGCGGACGGCUGCACCGUGCUGCACAUCGUGGCCUCCCACUGCGCCGGGUACCUGGGCCGACGCCAGACCGAAGACGUGCAGAUGCUGCUGUACUUGGGCAUAGACCCCACCAUCGUGGACAAGCAGGCGCGCUGUGCCAUCGACAUCCUCAAGCGCAACAAGAACUUCAAGGCCGUCGACAAGAUCAACUCCUUCUUGGACAGCCGCAAGCGGGGCUGCGCCAAGGGCGCUCCAGGGCCCUCGGCGAGUGACGCCUCCCUGCGCGAGAGCCACGCCUUCCUGGACAUCCUGGAGCCCUUCAUCCAGUACCUGUGCACCGAGAACCGCUCGCAGCAGAAGGGGCUGCUCAAGCACGAGGUGGUCCAGAGGUUCCUGCGCCUCCUGUCCACCAUCCAGGCACGCUCCUCCUGGCCCCUCGCCCGGUGCUCCCCCGUGUCGGGUUCAACCCGCGGUGCGAGUGCCUUCGUGCGCCUGCUGCUGGAGAAGCAGAAGUGGCACGAGGUGCUGCUGCUGCUGACGGGCAAGGCCAACGACGAGUCGUCCGUGGCCGACGGCCUCAUCAAGAACUGCAACUUCUCAGACCUGGACAUCCGCACCGUGAUCCAGCACCUCAGCCACUGGGACCGGCGCCGCAUCUACCUGCUGGGCUGCCUGAUCGACUGCGGGGCGCCCCCGGAGGGGCUCAACAGGAACCAAGACCACGAGCGACCGCUCACCAUGUGUCUGAAAAGCGGGGACUACCAGCUGGCCUUCCUGCUGCUGAGCAAGGGCGCCGACCCCCGGGGCAUGACCCUCACCGAAGGGGACAUGCCCCUCCACGUGGCCCUCUUCAUCUACUUGGAUAAGCGAGCGGACAUCGGCUUCACGUUCCUGAGCCACCUGCUGGACCUGUACAGCUCGAGCCCGGCCGACUUCCACUUCCUGAGCCCCAACGCACAGGACGCCAACGGCAACACGGUGAUGCACAUCAUCUUCCAGAAGGGGAUGCUGAAGCGCGUCAAGAGGGUCAUGGACCUGCUGGCGCGCUUCGACAUCAACUUCAACCUGAAGAACAAGGAGGGCAAGGACGUGAGGCACCGCAUCAAAAAGAACGACAUGCUGCUGCUGACCUGGAACAAGGCCGUGACCGAGCACCGGCGCCGCGGCCGCCCCGACCCUGCCUCCCCGCACCCGCCGCGCCCGCUCAAGCCGCCCGCCGCCGGCCACGCAACCGCACCUUCCCCGCCCGCCGCGAGGUCUCGGCCCCCUGGCGAGCGGGUCCCCGACUGCUGGGAGCGCGGCUGCACCUCCCCGGCCGCGCGGGCCGAGGGCGCCAAGCCCUUCACACCCCGGGAUGGCUUGGUGCAGGCCAUCGUGGCCCUGAUCCAGCGGCUGGAGUUGGGGCCCCCGGGCCCCGAGGAGGCGCCCGCCUCGCCCAAGCCGGGCCCGCCGCCCAGAGGCCGUCCCGAGGCGGCACCCAGCGGCAGCGGGAGCCGAGGCCGCCCGCCCGCCGCCGCCCCACGGGGCCAGAGGCGGAGGAGGUGCGGCGGCGAGGCGAGGCCAGCACCCGGGGCGGCGGAGGAGGAGCGGGAGGAGGAUGGGGAGGGGGGGGAGGAGGAGGAGGCGGCGGCGGCCGUGGUGGGGCCGGAGCUGGAGGCCCAGCUGCAGGACUUCGACAAUAUGACGUGGGAGAUUGAGUGCACUUCGGAGAUGCUGAAGAAGCUGGCUAGCAAGGCGGUGACGCGGGUGCUGAAGAAGAAGAUCGUGCUGGCCAUCCAGCACCUGGGCAACGGCGAAUGGACGCAGGGCCUGCAGAAGCGGCUGCGCCACCUGCGCGGCGACAUCCAGCUCUACGAGGCCAAGCUGGAUAAGGGCGCCCGCAUGCUCUGGGAGCUGGCCAUCGACUUCUCGCCGCGCUGCAGCGAGGACCCCGAGAGGAUCAUCGCCGCCACGCGUGCCGCCCCGCCUCCCCAGCGCACUGGCGGCGUCUACACCGAGAUCAUCCGCAUCUGGGAUGUGGUCCUGGACCACUGCAAGCUCAACGACGCCAUCCGCGCCAUCUGCGCCGCCUACAACCGCGGCCUCUCCUGCAUCCUGCGCAAGAAGCUGAAGGGCAUCCACACAGGCCAGCUCUCCUCAGGCCUCAAGAUCCAGAAGCGCAUCCCGCGCUGCUACGUGGAGGACACGGAGGCGGCCGAGGCAGGCCGCGAGCGCGUGCUGCCCGAGUACUUCCCACCUGCCAGCGCCGUGGCCACCGAGUACAACAUCAUGAAGUUCCACAGCUUCAGCACCAGCAUGGCGCUCAACAUCAUCAGCGACGCCACGGCGCCCGCCGAGUACCCCUUCCGCGUGGGCGAGCUGGAGUACGCCGUCAUCGACCUCAACCCGCGCCCACCCGAGCCCAUCAUCCUCAUUGGCCGCAGCGGCACUGGCAAGACCACCUGCUGCCUCUACCGCCUCUGGAAGCGCUUCCACUCCUACUGGGACAAGGCCGAGCGCGCAGGCAGCCCGCUGCUGGCCAAGCACGCCUGGCACCGACCGCCGGCCCGGGCCGCCGCCACCACCGCCACCGCCGCUGAGGAGGAUGGCCUGGGGGAGGGGGACGGCGAGGAGCCCGAGGACGAGGAGGAGGAGGAAGACGAGGCCGAGGAGGACGAUGGACCUGGGGACGACGGAGACGACGGGGAGGAUGGGGCCGGGCCUGGGGCCGCUGAGGUCCCAGAGCGGGAGCCUGGGCCGGACGUGGGGCCGGCCGGGGAGCCAGAGGCGGCCGAGACCGGGCAGCUGGAGCACCUGCGGCAGGUGUUCGUCACCAAGAACCACGUGCUCUGCCAGGAGGUGCAGAGGAACUUUGUGGAGCUGACCAAGUCGAGCAAGGCCACGAGCCACUUCCGGCCCCUGGAGCCCAGCGUGCACCGGCUGCAGGACGUGCGCGACGAGAGCUUCCCGCUCUUCGUGACCUCGCGGCAGCUGCUGCUGCUGCUCGACGCCUCCAUGCCCAACCCCUUCUUCCUGCGCAACGAGGACGGCAGCCUCAAGCGCCACAUCCUGGGCUGGUCCACACAUGAGGAGGCCGCCAUCCCCAACUGGCAGGAGGAGGAGGAGGCCGGCGAGGCCGAGGCCGACUAUGGCGAGGAGGACAAGGCCGCCGAGCCGCGCGGCCCCGAGAGUGACCCGCGUGUCUUUGUGACCUACGAGGUCUUCGCCAACGAGAUGUGGUCCAAGAUGGUGAAGGGCAAGACCCCGUACAACCCGGCGCUGGUCUGGAAGGAGAUCAAGUCCUUCCUGAAGGGCUCCUUCGAGGCGCUGAGCUGCCCGCAGGGCCGCCUGACCCAGGAGGCCUACCAGAAGCUGGGCCGCAAGCGCUCGCCCAACUUCAAGGAGGACCGCGGCGAGAUCUACACGCUCUUCUGCCUCUACCAGCGCAUCCGCUCGCAGAAGGGCUACUUCGACGAGGAGGACGUGCUCUACAACCUGUCGCAGCGGCUCUCCAAGCUGCGCGCGCUGCCCUGGUCCAUCCACGAGCUCUACGGCGACGAGAUCCAGGACUUCACGCAGGCUGAGCUCACGCUGCUCAUGCGCUGCAUCAACGACCCCAACGCCAUGUUCCUCACCGGCGACACGGCCCAGAGCAUCAUGAAGGGCGUGGCCUUCCGCUUCAGCGACCUGCGCUCGCUCUUCCACUAUGCCAGCAAGAGCUGCGCCGACCAAAAGCGCUGCCCCGUGCGCAAGCCCAAGCGCAUUUACCAGCUCUACCAGAACUACCGCUCCCACUCAGGGAUCCUCAACCUGGCCUCGGGCGUGGUCGACCUGCUGCAGCACUACUUCCCUGAGUCCUUUGACCGCCUGCCGCGGGACGCCGGCCUGUUCGACGGGCCUAAGCCCACCGUGCUGGAGUCCUGCAGCGUCAGCGACCUGGCCAUCUUACUCCGUGGCAACAAGCGGAAGACGCAGCCCAUCGAGUUUGGAGCCCACCAGGUGAUCCUGGUGGCCAACGAGGUGGCCAAAGAGAAGAUCCCGGAGGAGCUGGGCCUGGCGCUGGUGCUGACCAUCUACGAGGCCAAGGGGCUGGAGUUCGACGACGUCCUCCUGUACAACUUCUUCACAGACUCGGAGGCAUACAAAGAGUGGAAGAUCAUCUCCUCCUUCACGCCCUCGGCCGAGUGCCGCAACGAGGAGCACCGGCCCCUGCUGGAGGUGUCCUUGGAGCGGGCGCACGCGUCUCCCGGCCGGCCCCAGCUGCUCAAUGUGGAGGCCUACAAGCUUCUCAACGGGGAGCUGAAGCAGCUGUACACGGCCAUCACGCGCGCCCGCGUCAACCUGUGGAUCUUUGACGAGAACAGGGACAAGCGCGCGCCCGCCUUCCGGUACUUCAUCAGGAGGGACCUGGUGCAGGUGGUCAAGACCGACGAGAACAAAGACUUUGACGACAGCAUGUUCGUGAAGACCUCGACCCCCGAGGAGUGGAUCGUGCAGGGGGACUACUACGCCAAGCACCAGUGCUGGAAGGUGGCCGCCAAGUGUUACCAGAAAGGGGCCGCCUUUGACAAGGAGAAGCUGGCCCUGGCCCACGACGCCGUCCUCAAUGUGAAGUCCAAGAAAGUCAGCCCCAAGGAGAAGCAGAUGGAGUACCUGGAGCUGGCCAAGACCUACCUGGAGUGCGGGGAGCCCAAGCUCUCCCUGAAGUGCCUGGGCUACGCCCGGGAGUUCCAGCUGUCCGGCCUCCUCUGUGAGAAAUUAGGAAAGAUCAAGGACGCGGCCUACUUCUACAAGAGGAGCCAAUGCUACAAGGACGCCUUCCGCUGCUUCGAGCAGAUCCAGGAGUUCGACCUCGCCCUCAAGAUGUACUGCCAGGAGGGGCUCUUUGAGGAGGCCGCUCAGGCCGUGGAGAAGUUCGAGGAGGUGCUGAGGGCCAAGACGCAGCCCGCGCCCAAGCUGUCCUACUCGGCCGGGCAGUUUUACCUGGAGGCCGCGGCCAAGUACCUGAGCCUGAACAAGACCAAGGAGAUGAUGGCCGUGCUGGCCAAGCUCGACCCCGAGGACCAGCUGGCCUUCCUCAAGUCGCGCAAGCGGCUGGCCGAGGCGGCCGCCCUGCUGAAGGCCGAGGGCCGGCGCGAGGAGGCCGCCCUGCUCAUGCGGCAGCAUGGCUUCCUGCUGGAGGCCUCGCGGCUGACGGCCGACAAGGGCUUCCAGGCCUCCUGCCUGCUGGAGGCCGCGCGCCUCAACGUGGCCUGGGGCUCCGACGUGGAGGACACCAAGGGCAUCCUGAGGGAGGCGCUGCAGCUGUGCUCGCAGACCGGGCAGCGCGCCGGCAUCGCCGAGGCCUACCUGCUGCAGGGCGUGCUGCUCAAGGACUUUGCGCGCCUCAAGGUGGCCUUCUACAAGUUCAUCCACCUGAACCACCCGGCCGGCGUGGUGGAGGCGCUGUACGAGGCCACGCGGCACUGCCGCCCGGGCGCCGACAAGCUGCUGGCGCUGGCACCCGGGGGCCUGGAGGUGCUGCUGCACACGGUGCGCGCGCUCAAGCGGGCCGGCAACAACGCCGAGAAGGAGAUGGUCAAGUCGUGCUUCGACUUCUUUGGCGUGGCGCAGCUGGACGGGCGCCAGUGCCGCGUGACGCAGGGCGGCCCGGGGCCCGUGCUGAGGAUCCUCCUUGAGCUGAACCCGGGCCUGCGUGACCGGAAGGGCCGCGAGCACCUGCUGGUGGCCGUGGACAGCGUCAAGCUGGCGCUGACCAAGCACCUGCUGGCGCGUCUGUGCGGCAUCGCGCGGGGCCUGCUGGCCGCCAGCUACCCUGGCGUCUGCCGCAGCUUCGUGGCCGGCCUGCGCUGCCCGGACCCGGCCUGUGGCGACUUCCACCGGCCCCUGCGGCGCUGCGAGGCCCGAGCCAUGGUGCAGAGCCGCAUGCACCUGGCGGCCCUCAAUGGGCUGCUGCUGGAGGCCAAGCGCGUCUUCCCCAAGCUGCUGGCGCCCGAGCUGGAGGAGAUCGACUACCUGCUGACAGCCGACGCCUACGGGCCCUGCAAGGCCUUCCUGGACGUCAUCUUCCCCAAGCACUUCCACCCGCGCGUGCUCUCCGAGAACCCCGCCUCCUGCCGUGAGAUGUUCCGGCCCAGCUACCGCUCCUUCAAGGCCUACCGCGUGGCGCUCAAGGAGUACGUACACUUCCGCUUCCGGCACGAGCGGGCGCGCAGCCAGCGCGAGUCCACCGACCUGUGGCUUAGUGCCAUGCAGGCCUUUGUGCUGAGCUCGGGUUACCCCGAGGAGCUGGAGAAGCUGCUGCACCAGGUGGAGGAGGACUAUGGGCGCGAGCUCAAGGCACUGGAACUGCCACAUGAGGCUGAGCCCGAGGAGUGGGCACGCGCCAAGGGCCCUGAGGGCCGCGGCGGCAUGCUGCUGCCCCACAAGGAGGCUGAGAGCACUGAGAGCACCGAGAAGACGCACCUCUGCUUCAUCCGCCUGCUGCAGAGCUCCAUGGAGCGGCUCUACGUGGCACGUGACCCCGAAGACUGCAAGCGCCUCUUCUUCCGCUUCAUGAACGUGCUGGUGCGCCGCUGCAAGGAGCCUCUGACGCCCGCUCCCGGCCACACGCUGGCGCUGCUCGAGUUCCAGUUCGUGCACUGCGGCGCCGUGCUGGCGCGCCUCUGGAAGAGCGCCGCGCUCUGCCUGCCUCGCAGUUACAUCGCCCUCAUGCACCACUGGGACUACCUGUUCGGCAAGCGGGAUGAGGACAAGGAGCCAGGCGACGUCUUUGCCAUCAUCCAGGAGUACAAGCCCAAGGACGUGGGCCGCGCCAUCCGCACCUUCCGCUUCCACCUGGCCUACCUGGCCCGCGUGCUCUGCGGCUGCGAGAAUGGCGACUUUGACGUGCUGCUGGACGCCUUCAGCCACGUGGGCCGCGUGGCCUCGGGGGAGGCCGAGCGCACUGUGGUGCUCUGCCUGGUCAUGCUGGUCAACACGGCCGAGCUGAUGCGGCCCUGCUGCAAGCCAGUGCUCUGCCGCCACUUCCAGGAGAUCGCCUCCCGCCUGCGCCUCAUGCGCCAGGAGUUCCCCUCCAAGGUGCCCGAGCGGCUGCUGCGCCUCAUGGACCGCGUGCUGGUGGCCGCCGACGUCAAGGCCGUGGCCGAGGCCCUGCGUGACCUGCUCUACGAGCGCGACGAGGAGUACCUGCUGGACUGCUACUGGCGCUGGGAUGCUGCGCACGCCAAGGGUGCCGCCGUGCGCGGCCUUUACUUCCGGGAGGCCGACCUGGACCGGCUGCUCUGCCUGCCGCCCGCCGGCUCCUUCGUGGCCGAGCUGGAGGCCGAGCUGGAUCGUGAGGAGCCGCCCGAGGAGCGUGAGGACGUGCUGGCCUCCAUCCUCUUCCAGAAGCGGCUCAAGGAGCUGCGCCAGAUCUCCACCCGCCGCAAGCUGCGCCGCGUCUGCCUCGUGGUCUCCCUCUGCGUGGCCUGGCGGCGGCGGGUCUGCGUCCGCAUCGAACCCCCCCGUGAGGAGCCCCGUGAGCUGGGCAGCGGCAGCUUCAAGCGGGCCGACGUGGACCGCACGCAGUGCGACCUCUGUGGCGUCAAGUUCAUCCAGGGCCCCGGCAACUGCUUCGGUGAGGCCUUCGACGGCGAGGCCCCCGAGGCGCUACUGCCUGCCGAGGCCGAGCCCCCCGAGAGGGCGGCCCCGGGGGCCGGCGCCGCCACCUUCGAGAUCAGUGAGUGCUACGAGAAGCACGUGCGCCUAGAGGCGCACCAGCAGAAGCAUGCUGCCUACCAGCGCUACCUGGAGUUCUUCAGCACACGUGUGGACCCAGCCAUUGGCGAGGGCCGCCUGGUGGUCAGGAGCAUCGAGCAAAGCACCUGGACCGAGACCCACCUGGGCUCCCAGGAGCACAGCAAGAUCCUACAGAGGAAGAUCCUGGAGAACAUCAACAGGGUCUCCGACGCCGUGGAGGACGUCUACCGCAGGAAGGCUUGGGCCGACGCUGAGGAGACCAUGACUAGGCUGGUUAACAUUCUGGCCCCUUCGGUCAGUGACGCCCGCGAGUGGCUGAUGAAAACCGAGGACCGAUUGAAGGAGGAAGGCAUUGUCCAGGAAAAUGACUACGAGAACGAAGUGGAGGAUUUUGGGGAGCUGCGGCCCAAGAGGUUUUUCAAGAAGCGUGGGUGGCGCCGCAGGUACUGAGCCCGCUGGCCUGCUGCGCCCCGAGAGGCAGGUGUACAUAGCGUAGAGAAGGCACCUGCCCGGCCUUUGCUUUCCCCUGUCCCCUCUUGUUGCACCCGCCCGCCUUCAGACACGCUCCCGGGCGCCCGCCUGGGCUCCUGUACCUGAGCUGUCACUGGACCAGGGAACGCUGGAGAUGGGGGCCCGGCCCCCUCGGAGCAGCCUCCAGCACCGCCUUUUCUGCCCCACGUCAGUGACGCGGCGGGCACGCCUUGUAAAUAGGGGCGCCGCGUGCCUGCCCGCCUGCCCUUGUUGGACGCGGGGCGCUCCGGGGGCAGGGACAGGAGGCGGCCUGCCUGAGCCUCCUGACGCCCACAUCCGCAUCCCGCCCCAGGACCGUCCCGCGGCUGCAUGGCGCGUGUGGGGAGAGCGCCGGCCGGGGUUCUCCGCAAGGCAGCCCUCCCUGGGAGCAGCCUGCCUUUCCUCGGUCUCGCCAGCCGUCCCUCAGUUUCCCGAGCUGACCAAGCCGCGCCUACCUCAGAAUUAGGUCAGGAAUGUCCUCCUUGUGUCCUGUGGCGUCCUUGUCCUAUGUACCGUGCCCGAGGGCCCCGCGCCCCGUGGCUCAGCCUGCCUUACGGCGGUGGCCCACCCCUGGUACUACUGAAGGCGAGCCCCCGCCCCCGUGCGGAUAAUCCAAACCCCCUGAUGGAGCUUGCGCCUCCUCCCCAGUGUUUGUUCCCGGCUGGCGGCUUUGCCGCCCGCCCGUCCAGCCGUCCGUCUGGCGCGGGCUUGGAUGGCGGAGGCGGCCCACCCUUCGCUGAGCACGCCAGGGCAUGGCAGGAAGAAGCCGCCGGCCGCCACGUGGGGCCGAGUGAUGCCCGCCCGGCCCACUUUGAGUGCCUGAAGGGGAGGGCGGCUGCGCCCGGCCCGGGCCGCUUUCUCUCUUUACUCUGCCCCAUGCCGGGCGCCGGCCCUCCUGUCUCCUGCAGCGCCCACUUUCUGUUCCUCGUUUUUGUUCCAGACGUUUUUAUAGAUUUCACUUGCCAAAAACAGAACCAAACACAGACUAUUGUUGUAUAUUGAGUUUUUAUAAAGCCAUGUGUUUUCUCUUA